AUGGUCCAUCUGCGAACUCUUCUCGCAGCCACACUCACAGGUGCAACCUCUGCCAGUGCUGGUGAAAACUUCCGAGGCCGAUUGGAGAUUCAGUACGACUAUUUGAGCACAGAAAUGCACACCGACACCCUCAAAGUCUGCGUGCUCAACUUCAACUACCACCCCGACCCUCGCCGAUGCGAAGACGCUCCAGAAGGAAAGCUAGAAAGCAAGUCAGAAAUUGGAAUCUUCGGAACUGGUCAAGUCGCCAUCACCGGCCAUGGCUCCCGCCAAGUGGAUCUUCCCUUCACCGCUGUUUGGCCGGGCGAUCUGUCCGUCAUCACCUGGACCGGCAAGGAUGAGCGCGUUCAUACCUUUUCCGGCGAGCUCAAGGCUGGAAAAGACUGGAAGCGAAUCAACGUCCAGGAUGUCCAUCUUCGCGCUAGAGUCACUUGCUUAGCUAACUUCUACGGCGAGGACUGCAACACCAUCUGCAUUUCCCCUUCUGAGAGCAAGAAGAGAGUAGUAGGCUUCUACUCGUGCAACAAAAAUGGCGAAAAAGUCUGCGAUCCCGGCUUUGAAACCGAUGCCAACGAUGAACUUCCCUGCCAACGACGAAUCUGUCCAGCAAACUGCGCCGAAUGCUCAUCUAACGGACGCUGUCGAAAAUGCGAGCCGGGCUACUCCAGAUCUAACAGUCGAACUUGCGAGAAACUCUCCUCUCCUCGAGUCAUCACUUCUCCAUGCGCUUCUUCACCCUGUGGCGAUAAUGGCAGCUGCAUCGUCAAAGGCAACUCCUUCCAAUGCCUCUGCAAAACUGGCUUCAUCGGUGCUCUCUGCGAAGUUACUGCGGCUCCUGAACCACUAACUGCGCCAUGCACCGCCACUUGCGCCAACAACGGAGUGUGCAUCGAAGGAAACAAAUGUUAUUGUCCCGAAGGCUUCACUGGCGAGUUCUGCGAAAUCGAAGAAAAAGACACCCUUCUCCUUGGAAUCGUUGCUGGAGUCUUGCUUUCCGUGCUCGGUGGCCUCGUUGUCGUUGCGGGAGUUAUCAUUCGAAGACGCUCUCAGAUGCGCAAGAACACUUCCGAUGUCGUUUUCGAGGAAGAAGGAAUCAUGGAAGACGGAGGACCUUCUCACUCUCGGGCCGAGGGUGACGUUCUCAUCUCGUCCCAGGCUGAUACCAUCCACAAGGCCGCCUACUCCAAGCCCAGCUCGCCUGUCAAGCCUACUAAAAACCUCCAAGACGCCUCGUUCAUCACCACCUCGUCGGAUAUGAGCUUAUCGGCACCGCCCUCGUACAACGAAGCUCUUCAAUCGUAA